UUGCACAAUUCCUACAUCUUUAAACAUGAACAUGCCCCAAGUGUUCCAAAGUGUUCCUCCGGCGAUCAUCGCCACUGCCCUUUUUUCUUCGCUAAUCUUCUUCUAUUUCCUCUCAAAAAGAAAUCAGAACAACCGUCUUCCGCCGAGCCCUCCAUCGUUACCAAUAAUCGGCCACCUUCAUCACCUAGGCCCACUCAUACAUCAAUCCUUCCACGACCUUUCCACCAAAUACGGCCCUCUAAUUCAUCUCCGUCUUGGCUCGGUCCCAUGCAUUGUUGCAUCAACUCCUGACCUUGCUUUUGAAUUCCUUAAAACCAACGAACUCGCAUUUUCGUCACGUAAACAUUCAUUAGCCAUUGAUCAUAUUACUUAUGGUGUUGCUUUUGCUUUUGCACCUUAUGCAAGUUAUUGGAAAUUUAUUAAAAAACUGUCCACGGUUGAGCUUCUUGGCAACCAAAAUCUAGGCCAUUUUCUCCCCAUUAGGACAAAUGAAAUCAAAGAGCUUUUUCAAACACUUUUAAUAAAAUCGGAGCGUAAAGAGAGUGUGAAUUUGUCUGAAGAGUUGUUGAAAUUGACAAACAAUGUGAUAUGUCAAAUGAUGAUGAGUAUACGAUGUUCUGGGACGAAUAGUGAGGCCGAUGAAGCGAAAAAUCUUGUUCGAGAAGUGACAAAGAUUUUUGGAGAGUUUAAUGUUUCGGAUUUUAUAUGGUUUUGUAAGAACCUUGAUUUGCAAGGUUUUAAGAAGAGGUAUGAGGAUAUACAUACAAGAUAUGAUGCUUUGUUGGAAAAGAUCAUAUUUGAGAGAGAACAAAAGAGAAGAAGUGAUCAAGGGAAUAAAGAAUUUGGUGAUAAAGGGAAAGAUUUUCUUGAUAUGUUGCUUGAUGUUAUGGAAGAUAACAAAGCUGAGAUUAAGAUUACUAGAAACCACAUCAAAGCAUUGAUUUUGGACUUUUUUACAGCUGCGACAGAUACAACAGCAAUUUCCAUCGAAUGGACACUCGUUGAACUUGUGAAUAACCCAAAGGUGCUUGAAAAAGCCCGAGAAGAAAUCUCAAAGGUUAUCGGAGACGAGAGGCUGGUUCAGGAAUCCGAUAUACCAAACCUCCCUUACAUACAAGCAAUCGUAAAGGAAAGUCUACGAAUCCAUCCACCGAUUCCUAUGCUGAUUCGAAAGUCUGUUGAAAAUGUUACUACCGUUCAAGGAUAUGAAAUCCCUGCUGGCACCAUACUAUUUGUCAACAUUUGGUCAAUUGGAAGGAACCCCCGAUAUUGGGAAAAUCCAUUGGAAUUCAACCCCGAUCGGUUCUUUAAAGGUGAUUCACUAAAUAGCUCUUUAGAUAUUAAAGGCCAUAGUUUUCAACUUUUGCCGUUUGGUACUGGGAGAAGAGGGUGUCCUGGGAUUAAUCUGGCAAUGAGAGAACUCCCCGUUGUUAUCGCUGGACUCAUUCAAUGCUUUGAGUGGACUGCUGAUCACAAACAAGUAUCGUGUAUGGACGAACGGGCUGGAUUGACUGCUCCAAGGGCCGUCGAUUAUGUACUUGUUCCAUUGAAACGAAAAAAUUGUUCGCAAAUACUUGGCUCCACUUAAUGCUUGGCUCCACUUAAUACUUGGCUCCACUUACGAAGUUUAUAUUUCGCGUAGUUGUGUAAUUUAUCUAUAAUUUGUUUAAAAGAUUAAUUAUUUUUCUUAUUGUUAUUAAUAGGUCUAGCUAGGACGUGACUUUCACCCUUAAAUAAAAUUUAUAUUCUUAGUGUUA